AUGAAAGUACAUUUAGGAUUCCUAUACAUAGUUAGUACAAUAAUUUUUGUAUAUGGACAAGAUUCAAUUCUACCCUUUCUGGGCUCCACUAGGUCUAAACUGGACCUCUUUAUAAAAGCUAAUAGAACAAGAAAUACAGAUAUUAAUAAGAGAAAUGAAUUGAGUUUAAGUUAUCCCUUUAAUUUUACAGAACAUAUGAAACUAAGUAAUAGAGAAAAUUCUCUUAUACAUAGAAUUGAAAACCCAAAUAAUAUUACCUUAAGAGGAAGCUUAGAAAAAUCUCCUAUAUCAGAUGAAUCUACUGUAUCAAAAAAAUCUGUUAUAGUAAAUGAUCGUAAAACUUUAGUCGAAAGUGCAUGGUCCAAGUUACUUGACAUGAUUGAAAAUGAGGUUAAAACUAAAGGAAUGGUGCCUAUUAACCACUACGCUAAUGACAUUUCAGUAGUAAUACCAGUUGCUAAAGAAGAUAUUAGAUCACUUCCAGUACUAUUAUCAGUAAUGAGAUUACAAACAUUAAGACCUGAAGAGAUCAUUGUUGUUCUAGAUGUAUCUAAUAAAUUAGAUGAUAUAAAACAUACCAUAGAGGACCUCUACAAGAAAUAUUCAACAACUCUUAGGAAUUUGAUAUUUAUAUAUCGCACUCCAGAACCACCACCCUCCCAUUGGGCUGCUUCUAAUAGAUUAUUUGGUGCUUCUAAGGCCAAAAAUAAUAUUAUUAUGUUUUUCGACAGUGAUGAUAUAAUUCAUCCCCAACGUGUAGAGUAUAUAUCUAGAGUAUUCAAAAAAAACUUAGAAUUAGAAGCCUUUCUAACAGGUUAUGAUGUUAUUACAUUAGUAGAAGCAAAAGAAGUUGACGAAAUGCCUAAUAAAGCUCUAAAUAUGAUUCAAAAACGUUUUGAUUUAGAUAAAAUUGAAGAAUCUAAAGGUUUACUUGCUACGACGUAUCAGAAAGAGUAUGAAGAAGCUCUUAAAGCAAGAAAAAAACUGAAUUUACAAACACCCUGGGACCCACAUAAUCACUAUUCAGAAGUGAAUAGGCCUGAGACUGGAACUUGGUGGUUGUAUUGUUGUCAUAAUGGUUGGUUAAAUAUUAAGAAGAACAUUCUAAUUGAAGUUCCAUGGGAAGAUAUUCCAAGUGGAGAAGAUUCACUAUAUGUGUUUAGAUUAUUGCUAAGUGGAAAGAAUGUUAACCAUAGUGACUUGCCAUUAGGAAUUUAUGUGCUUGGGAAUAGCUAUUGA